AUGCCAUUGCCGGGGCAUUUGGAUCGCGUCUACGAGCACCUGGCCUCGAUCGUGAGGGCAUGCGGCAGUUCCAGGGAUCUCAUCGCGGGGAAGCGCAUCCACGCCCACAUCGCCGAUGCCAAUCUCGGGAACUACCGCUUCCUCGCCAAUCUCCUGGUGGAGAUGUAUGGCAAGUGUGGCAGCCUCCACGACGCGCGGCGCGUCUUCGAUUCCAUUCACUCGCCCAACAUCUUCUCGUGGAAUUUGCUCGUGGUGGCGUAUACCCAGAAUGGCCGUCUCCGCGAGGCUCGCCAGUGCUUUGAGAAGAUGCCCGGGAAGAACGUUGUGUGCUGGACUGGGCUGAUCACAGCAAAUGCCCAGUCGGGGUAUGUUUUGUCCGCGAGGGGCGUCUUUGAAAAGAUGCCGCAGAGAAAUCGCGUCACCUGGACCGCCAUGGUGUGGUGUCUAGUGAACGCUGGCGAUGUGAUCGAAGCAAAGAUGUUGUUUGAUUUGAUGCCGGAGCGCGACCACUUUGCUUGGAACGCGAUGAUUCAAGCAUUUGCCAAGAUGGGCGAUCUUGAUCGAGUGAAAGACGUGUUUUGGAAGAUCCCAGGUCUCAGCUCCGUGGUGUGGAACAACAUGAUAUCGGCUUUCAUCCAAAACAGGUGUUUGAUCCAAGCAGAGCUGCUGUUUAGAGAGAUUCCCGAGCGAGACGUUGUGACGUGGACGUCGAUGAUUCAUGCAUUUGCUACGAAUGGAGAUCUGGAUCUGGCAAAGUUGGUGUUUGAUCGAGCGCCCCAGCGGAGCUUGAUCUCCUGGAAUGCAAUGCUGGCAGCUCUUGCGAGCCAUGAUCAUCAGAGCAAGGCUACAAGUUCCAGCAGCCUCGAGGAAGUAGAAUCUAUGUUUGCGAGGAUGCCAGAGAGGAACUCUCUGUCAUGGGCGACGCUUCUAUCAGCAGUAACUCGCGAUUGGAAUGCCGCCAAAGCCACGAAAAUCUUCGACAAGAUGCCGCAGUGGAACUUGCCGGCAUGGAACUGUCUCCUCCAGUGUCACGUCCAAAAUGGCCAGCUCCGCCAUGGAAGAUCCAUCUUCGAUCGCAUGCCCGAGCACGAUUUAUCGUCUUGGAACACCAUUAUCAUGGCCAACGCGACGCAAACCAGUGGCGAUUCCAUCGCCCUCUUCCAGAUGAUGCAGCUCGAGGGGAUUUCUCCGGACGAGAUCACAUUCACUGGAAUUCUCUCGUCGUGCACUUAUGCGGGAUUGGUCGAGAAAGCCCAGCAUUUCUUCCAAUCCAUGCCUGGAGACUUUGGCCUGGCACCGAUUCUCCCACACCAUGGCUCCUUGAUCGAUUUGCUUGGAGGGGCUGGUUUGCUGGAGCGAGCUCGAGAAGUGGCCGAAGCAGCAGCGAUCUCGCUCGAUGGACGCGCUUGGACGACUUUGCUGCGAUCUUGCAGCACUCAUGGCGAUGCUCACUACGCCGAGAUAGCGGCGGAUCGAGCAGCGAUGCUAGAGCCAGAGAGCUCGGCAACUUACUCGCUUCUCAGGAGCCUGGACAUUUCCCAGUGA